UGAUCUUUUGCCUUUCUUUUAUUUCUUUUGCUCACGUUUCUGAUUCACCAUUCCGUAAAACCAUAAAUAUAAUGGGACCUGUAUAUACCGUUCGUCAUGGAAAACUUUUGUCGCGAUGUCGCUGUGAGAGAUCACCUGCCGGAAGGGGUGAGCCACCAGUAUUUUUCGUGAAAUUUGAAUGCAGUGGAUAAUGCAGUGAAUAAAUCGGAUACAUAGUAUUAUUAAUAAUACCAAUUGUUAGAACUAUUGACAAUUCGGAAAACGCUCAUUCAGAUGAUACCGCGCUACUUAAUGCGCCUGCGUUGUAAUAAGAUACAUAUGCAUUAUUGUUGAGUGAGAUAUAGCAAGAUCGUAAAAUCGGAGUUAUUCAAGUUUAUAUGUGUUAAAAACCGAGAUAAUAAUUUGAGACAUAUAAAAAAAGAUAAGGAGCUGAAUACCUCGUUCAGAAUCGUAUGGUGUUAAUUUUGAGUUUUCUUCCUUUGUAGUUUUGUGUAUUUAAAAAGAAUUAUAUGUAUACAACCUGAGAAGAUUUUAGACGUAUACAAUUUGUUAUAUUUCAGGCAAUACAUGUAUUAUAAAAGAAUUUGGUAGGUUGAUUGAGUAAUAGCUUUUAUGGUCAAAGUACUUCUGUGAAAUGCAUGGAAUCAUUAUUGAUGUCGCUAAUAUAUAUUAAUACUUUAAUUUACAACCUCAUUGCAUGUCUUCCAUUAAGUAUACGUUGCAUACUUUCUGAUUAAAGUUUCGUACGCAUUUUGAUACGCGUAGUCAUGCGGAUGAAUUGUCAACUUCCCGGUAAAGCUCAUCAAAUUGAACCACUUAUAAUUGGUACAAUAGCAAUGACUAUUAGGGGAAAACAUUACUAUUUCUUAAAUAUUGUUAUCGUUUAAUCAAUAAAGAUAAAAUGACAUAAAGUAUUUAUUUACUUAAAAGAUAUAACGUUAAUGGGCGAACAAGUAGCGGUUAUGGGAAGUAGAUUAAAAUAGCGUAUGACACAUAUACGGCCAAAUAUUCGUCGCUCGUUUUACUAAGCAAUCGCCAUGCAUGCCGAGCAGGGAAGUUAAGUUAGUCAUGUGUCUUGUAUCGGGAUGAAACACGACGAAGUGAAGAGAAUAAAAGUUCACGUGAUUAAUCGACGAUCAACAAAAGGAAGGAUCCACUUGUCAAAUGCGUUGGAUCAACGGGAACCUGAUCUUCCUGGUUCCUGUUUGUUACACAUAACGGAAUACCAUGGAGUUUGCUCGUGGAAAAAAUGAGUCAAGAUGCGACCUGUGCUUUUUCUAUAUGCCGUUAUCACGGUCCUACUUCAUGUCCUAGCCAGACAUGCACACGGACAGAAGCAAGAACUAGGCAUGAUCUUCACUAAACACCCGCAACCUUUGGCCGCGCCAAUAGGGGAUGAUGUGAAUUUUGAAUGCAAUUUGAAUCUCGGGGCAGAACGUUUCUCCUGGCGCCAUAGACCAUUAGGUUCGGAUAGGUGGUUGCAGGUUUUCCACAUGUCUAGUAACGGUGGCAAAACGUCCAGGCACGUAGUGAACUUUGACAAUGAAUCCAAAGCCGGAGAUUACCGUUGUAUAGCAUUUUAUGGUUCGAGUGGUUUAGCUUCUGACCCGGCAAGAUUAACGCUUGCUACGCUAGAGAAGUUUACCGAUAAGAGCGAAGUCAUUAUAAACGUUCCAGCAGGGAAUACCGUGCCUAUCACUUGUCCUGUGCCUUACUCAGCCCCAGAGGCGAUAGUUGAGUUUUACAAAGAUAAUAAUCCUGUAAAAAAUGUUAACGUAGUUGGUAGCAAGACCAUGGUCAUUGAAAAUGCUAAAGUAUCGGACAGUGGAUCUUAUCACUGCACUGCUGAAAAUUACAUAACUACUCAGAUAUAUCGGAGUAACCAUAAGACGAUCUUAAACGUAAACACAAAUACCAGUUUUCGAGCACCAUACUUUCUUAAACAACCACAAACGGAGUACAAGGUUUUGAGGGGUAAAAACGUAACUUUGGAAUGCUUUGCCGCUGGUUACCCAAUCCCUUCUGUCACGUGGACUAGAUUAGGUAGUUCGUUACCACUGAACUCCAUUAAAACUGCGAUGGGCUUAACGAUAAUUAACGUUCAAUCAGCGGACAGGGGAGAAUAUGAUUGUAUAUGGAGUAGUCAUGGAGUAAACAUCAAGUCUGUGAUCAUACUAAAAGUUAUGGAAGCUCCAAAGGUGAUUAAGCCACCGAAGGCAGCAACGUUCUCCGAAGGUGGAGAAUUGGACCUCUCUUGCACGGUAACGGGCGAACCACAACCGAAAUUUGAGUGGCUAAUUAAUGGGGAAUCUUUGACGCCUGGUGGUAAUGUGGAAAUCGAAGGUUCGAGUCUUUCUAUCUCCGAGGUUGAAAAAAAGCACGCUGGAAUUGUCCAGUGUGUCGCAAGUAACGAAUAUGGGUCUCAUUCCGGUUGCAAUUUGCUAAGAGUGAACCCUAAACAACAUAUUGGGACGACUGAAGCCAAACAGGAUUAUGGAAUCUCUAAUUCAAGACACAAACAUACAAGGGGAGGAGGAAGAAGAAGGAGUAAGGAAGGGAAGCGUAAAGGCACUGCUGUGCUAGUACCACCGAAUCUACCGAAUGUCACCAGACUCUCAGACGUGUCCGUGAUGGUUAGGUGGUCUGUACCUGAGAACACAGGACUGCCGAUUCAAUUUUUCAAAGUUCAAUAUCGCGAACUUGGACAGAAGAUGAAUGGCAGACAAGCAAAAUGGAUGACCGCGAACUCGGAGAUACCGAAUCACGUACGGUCGUUCGAAGUAACUGAUUUACAGCCUAAUCAUACUUAUCGGUUUCGAAUUGCUGCAGUUUACUCGAACAACGAUAAUAAACUUAGUCCAAACUCUGUACGUUUUCAUCUGAAUAAAGAUGGCGGAAUCGAAAGUAAUAGGAUGCCAAUACCUUUGUUAACGAACACCGAGGCUUUGAGUCCACACGAAGUAUUACUCAUUUGGCAGAAUUCAGAUAAUUCGGCGAACAUCGAUGGUUUCUAUGUGUAUCACCGAGCUUCUACCACAGUUAGCGAUUAUAUAAAAACUACGGUUGAAGGAAAAGACUCUUUCAACAUAACUAUUUCCCAUUUGCAACCGGAUACAACGUAUGAGUUUAAAGUUCAGAGUUUUUCCGUAGACGCAGCUUCGGAAUUUUCUAAGAUCCUUCGACAAAAGACGAAAAGAGCUGUAAAUACGAACGAACAUGCUAAUCAUGAUAAUAAAAAUGAUCAUGGCAGCAAUUUAACAUUAGAUAGUCGAGUAAGGCCUGCAGAUGAUAAAAAUGUAAAUAUGUAUGCCAUAAUUGGCGGAGUUCUCGGAGGAUCGACUCUGUUGGGCAGCUUAACUGCAAUCGCAGUAGUAUAUAAGAGGACGAAGCACAAACAAAGCCGGGAAUCAUCGCAAAGCGAAGGAAAACCGAUAACAAACGGAAGAGUAAUGAAUGGCGGAGUAACUGACUCGAAAAUAAACAUAACAUCAAAUCCACUUGCUGGUCUCGAUACAUCUGAAGAUAUAAUACAGCCUAAGACCGGGCAACAGUCGCCGAUGGAAAUGGCAUCGUUUCUUAACGGACAAAACAACAGCAACAACAACCAUAACAACAGUGACACAGCUGGGACUGACCAGUGAAACGCAUCAAUAGACUGAGAGUCCCUUCUGCUCCAGGAAUCACUGCCUAUCGAACAGUCUCUCUGCGACCAACCAUUUUCCUCUAUGCUUUAAAAAGACUUUUUAUAGUGCUCAGAUCGUAUUUCCAGAUGUCAAUUUUAUCAAACUUUUAUCAACUACGUUGCGACGGAAAUAUGCGGAGAAAACGAUAUACGAACGUUGUCGCUUCCAAUGAUGCUUCUUUUAAUAGUGAGAAACUUUAGAAACUUUAGUCAUUCAUUAGGUUUACAAUGAGUGAACCGUUUUAAGACAUUUACAGGAUGUCAUAAUAGGUAUGCUCAAGUGUUUCAAUCAAGAUUGUUAGAUAUGUAUUCAUUUAACGAUCGUAUCCUACGUAAUCAGUUUUAGGUUUUCUUCUUUUCUCUUUGACGGUAAAUUGCGACUUUUUUCAAGCUCAAAAUAGAAUUAGAAAUUCACGAUUGAUCAUGAAGUGGGUAAAAUAUGCAAAGUACCUGUCCGCUGUCUUCUUCGACCUCUUCGUUCUUUUAUCUCUUUGUUGCUCUCUUAUAUUAUAUCUUUGUCUCUUUUUGUAUCCACUUGAUGGUCGACAAUUAGCGAGUUUCAUUUGUAAUUAGACACGCAAGAACGAAAAAUUUAUGAGCUCGUAAUUUAAACUAUAUUCGUUUUUGUAACAUUUAGCUUUUACCGUAUACUCGCCUAAUUUUAUACUAAUUUUAAUUCAGGCAGCUUUUACGAGUUAUGUUUGUUUCCUCAUUUAAAUUAAUUAGCGUCCAUUAUUUUAUGUUGUAAAUACGUGAGAUAUUAGUGAUUAUGUCGAAUUUAGAGGCGAAUGAUUUUGUGCCUGAUAAAAAAGACAGCUGUGCUAUGUAUUUUAUAUAAUACUACAUGUUUUAGGAAAUAUUAUUGGUGAUGCUGGAAUUUUCUUUGGAAAUUCUUGAAUCGCGAUAGAAUAGAACUUUGUUCAAAUUUUUUCUCUUUUUUUAAUGAUCAUUGUAUCAUUAUCUUAUAUAUUAUGAUUAUUCAUACAUUAUCGUCGUUGAUAUUGAUAAAAUAAUGACUUUAACGGAAUAAUUUUUACGUUAGAGAGCGAACAAACCUCAUACGAAUUGCUACUAGAAUAAUAGAAAUAAUUCAGUCACACAUCGCUAACAGUAUUUGUUACGUAAUAUCAAGAACUUCUAAUAACAGUAUUUUCCUAGCUUCGAGUUAGAUGCAAUUUCUUUUAGUGACCGAUAUUAGAUUCCAGACGGUAAUCAAGCUUUACGAUAAAUUAUACGUUAAAAAGAAUCCGAGAAUUAUAUUUAAACAUGCUAGAAUUUUUAGUCAAAAUUUCGAUAUCAAAAAAAAGGAAACAAAAAUGUGUAAAUAAGUAUUUAUACAAUUUUUUCGAUUUUAGGUCGUUCUAUAUAUAACAUAUCUUUUAAUUUAGUGUUAAUUAUUUAAAUUGUCUAUUUUAAAAGAAAACAAAGUCAGAAGAUCAGUUUGCAAACGGGACAAGAACAAAUUUUUGUACAUAUAUACUAAAAUGGGUCAAAUUUUAUGAAGGAGCAUAUUGUGCCUUAAAUCUUGCCUAUACAAACUAGUGUUAAGAUUAAUUAUUUAUGUAUCUAUGUAUGCAUAUCGACAUUUUGUGUACUUAAUUUUUUUUUAAUAAAUAUGCUGAAAAAAAAUUCGACUUCAUGUUGAAUGUUAUGCGUUAAAGAACUUUAAA